AUGGCAGGUUCUCCGGGACUGUUGACCUUCAGGGAUGUAGCCCUAGAAUUCUCUCGGGAGGAGUGGGAAUGCCUGGACCACACUCAAAGGGCUUUGUACAGGGAUGUGAUGUUAGAGAACUACAGGAACCUGGUCUCCUUGGCCAGAUCUGGUUACCUUUUUGGAGGAAAUGAAGGGUCCCUGUGUUGUGAAGAGGAAGGAGACAAUAGCCACACACCCUAUGUGGGAAUAAAUGAAGCAGAUGACACGGCUGUGUCAUCUCAUCUCACCCACGGUUUAUUUUCAUACCUUAUUACACAUCAGAGGAUCCAUAUUGGAGAGAAGACUUACAAUAGUACUGCAUGUGACAAAGAUUUUAACCAGUCUGCAAAACUCAUGCAACAUCAGAGUAUUCAUACUGUGGAGGAAUCUUACAAAUGUAAGAAACAUGGUAAAGUCUUUAAUCAAUCAUCAGCUCUAAGUAGACACAAGAAAAUCCACACUGGAGAGAAAUCUUACAAAUGUAAUGCAUGCGACAAAGCCUUUAACAAGUGCGCAAAUCUUACUCGACAUCAGAGAACUCAUACUGGGGAGAAACCUUAUAAAUGUAAAGAAUGUGGCAACGCCUUUAACCGGUGCUCAAACCUUACUCGACAUCAGAGAACUCAUACUGGGGAGAAACCUUAUAAAUGUAAAGAAUGUGGCAAAGCCUUUAACAGGAGCUACAGCCUUACUCAACAUCAGAGAACACACACUGGAGAGAAACCUUAUAAUUGUAAAGAAUGUGGCAAAACUUUUAACCAGACAUCAUAUCUUAUUGCACACAAGAGGCUCCAUAUUGGAAAGAAGACUUUCAAAUGUGGUGAAUGUGGCAAGGCUUUUAAUCAGUCUGAAAAUCUUACUAAACAUCAGAGUAUUCAUUCUGGGGAAGAAACUUACAAAUGUAAUAAUUGUGGGAAGGUCCGUAGUCACUCAUCAACUCUAAAUAGACAUAAGAAAAUCCAUACUGAAGAGAAACCAUACAAAUGUAAAGAAUGUGGCAAAGCCUUCAACCAGUGCUCAAAGCUUACUAAACAUCAGAGAAUUCAUACUGGAAAGAAAACUUACAAAUGUCAAGAAUGUGGCAAAGCCUUUAACCAGUGCUCAAAACUUACUCCAAAGAGAUUUCAUACUGGAGAGAAACCAUACAAAUGUCAAGAAUGUGGCAAAGCCUUUAGUCACUGCUCGAACCUUAUUAAACAUAAGAGAAUUCAUACUGGAGAGAACCCUUACAAAUGUAAAGAAUGUGGCAAAGCCUUGAACAACUGCUCAAACCUUGUUAAACAUCAGAGAAUUCAUAGAGGAGAGAAAACUUACAAAUGCACAGAAUGUGGCGAAACCUUUAACCAGUGCUUAAACCUUACUAAUCAUCAAAGAAUUCAUAAUGGAGAGAAGCCUUACAAAUGUAAAGAAUGUAGCAAAGAAUUUAAAUGGAGUUACAGCGUUACUCAACAUAAGAGAACUCACACUGGAGAGAAACCAUACAAAUGUGAAGAAUGUGGUAAAGCCUUUAACCAGGGCUCAACACUUACUCAACAUCAGAGAAUUCAUACUGGAGAGAAACCUUACAAAAGUAAAGAAUGUGGCAAAACCUUUAACAACUACUCAAGCCUUACUCGACAUCAGAGAUUUCAUAUUGGAGAGAAACCAUGUGAAUGUAAAUAA